GAAGAGCGUGCACGGAAAGAGGCUGAAGAGCGUGCACUGCGAGAGGCUGAGGAGCGUGCACUGCGAGAGGCUGAGGAGCGUGCACGGAAAGAGGCUGAGGAGCGUGCAAUGCGAGAGGCUGAGGAGCGUGCACGGAAAGAGGCUGAAGAGCGUGCACGGAAAGAGGCUGAGGAGCGUGCACUGCGAGAGGCUGAGGAGCGUAGUGUUGACGUGAAGGAUGCAGUGGUAGCAAUUGAGGAUGCGGCAGCACCCAUUUCGAGUGAGGGUUUGAAGCACAAUUCCUCCGUUGAAGUCCCUGCGUCUUUUUCAGAGGAAGCUGCGGAGUUCCGUGCUGAUGGAUCCGACGACGAGUACGAAAGCUCCUCACUCACGAGUUAUAGCGUCAACGGUCGUACUAUGUCUCAGGUUGAAAACGAUAACGGCAUUCUUGCUGGUGUGGCAGAUGAUGUUGCGGAUUUUUCUUCUGAUGCAAAUCCUACACUUGAAGUAUUUGAGCAAUAUGCAUCGCAGGAGUUGAAUCGGCUCGGCUUUACGGAGGAGGACUUGCGCUGCCGACGCAUCGAGUGCCAUCAGUAUGAGACGAUACGUGAGCCUGGUCGCUGUUUGUUCCCUCCCGGGGAGCUAAUAGGCGGCGACUUUUCCUCCGCAAACGUGCUGCUUGGCUUCUUUCGCGCCAAGCAGCUUAUUAUCUCCAGCUUCAUUCCGCGCCAGAAGAAGGUGGCGGAACGAGAGCGGCACGGCGAUCCGAGCCAGCGUUUGUUGAGCACAUGUUAUUGUUUCUUUGAGAGCGAGCUCCUUCGGGACCUCUCAGUGACGUUUGAUGACGAAGAUCUUCCACACAAUGCGCCCACGGAGUGUGUGAUGACGGAGCGGGAACUCCUCUCGGGGCCGGCGAAUACGGCAGUGAAGCGGGCACUCUCCAGGUUUUCGUUUGGGGACCCCCUCCAGCUUUGGGAGAGGGCACGGGGCCGCUCCUUCAACCUUCUCAAAGCCCGUGAUAAAAACUUGCAUCAACAACAGACGACCCACACAAGCGGUGCAACCGCAAGCAACAUUUGGGUGAGCGAGAUUGAUACAAGAAAACCGGCCACCGCUAUGAAGGUGUUUGCUGGUGGUGUUCCUUUACGGGUGGAAUGCACUAAAGUUGGCGGGCCCAUGAUGGACAUUCACGGAAGUGACGUUGAUCCGGUAGUUCUGUCUUUGGCGUUCUUCACUAUCACGAGUAGCAGCCGGAUGAAGGUCUCCGAGACGUUUUUCUUUGACUCCGCGGUUGACAUUUUUUAUCCCCACAAGAAGCGUCAGGAGCUAAUGCGGCGAAACGAGGUGGUGACGUUUGUGCCGCAGGAGUUUAUGAGCUCACUUUACCUUGUCGUGCACGUCUACCGCCCUGCCAGCGAGGACCAUGAGAACUACGUCGACCUCUACACGCGGCCUGAUCGGUACAAGAGUCAACACGUGGUCCCAAUGAAGCAGGAAACACAGCUGCUCGCCAUGACGUCCGAUACGCUUGAGGAGUUGGGCUGGGGGUUUUCCCCUUGCUGCCAGCAGAAAAAUUUUUGCUCAGAGGCGGUUUCAGUAAACAAAUUGUACCGGAAGUCUGUUAGUGAUGUUCAACUUUGCCAUCUUGUGAAUGAUGAGAGGUCGAGAAAUGCGUUACGUGCAGUUCCCUUUGCGGUAGAGCUCACGAUAACAAACUGCGGAUCGCACGAGGUGGCAUUCCCUUCGCAGUACGCGGACCCGCUUCCAGAAGAGAACGAGACGAUGGUGAGUCUUUUGAACCCUGACAUCCCUGGGGCCCGGGCGCAAACCUACCGGUAUGUUCCCUGCGCCGUUCCCAUUCUUACAUCUGGCUUUUUCAACGCCUAUCACAACGUCUACUACUUUCGCAUGAAUGCAGUGAAGUUUUUGAGUACAGGCGGUCUUCGCAAGGUACCGAAUACCCACCGCACGUACGUUAUGCAGAUUUGCGUGAAGGACCAAGACGUUUCUCUUGGGGAGGAGGGAUUGCCAUUGAUCUACGGACGUGGAUUGUCAGGGAAGACGCUGGAGACCUCUUCCUGGAGCUCGACGGUUCAUAACUGCACCGAUUUUGAAUUGAACGAUGAAUUCAAGGUGCAGUUACCUCUCUUUUUGACGGAUACGCUUCAUAUCUUCAUCACGCUCUACGCCUCUUACCAAAAGAAAAAUCCCCCCGUGGCGGGUCAACAGCGACUGUAUAAAAUUGGCUACGCGGCAUUCCCAAUAUGCCGGAAUGGCGUGCUGCGUGUGAAGCAAGAUUGGAAGCUCACGUUUGUCUCUGCUGAGCAGGCGGUGGUGAUUUCUGCCGGUGGAUAUCUUGGAAAAUUUCCGGAGGCACCAGAGUCAGCGCUAUUAAACAACGGCUUACCUAUUUUACGUGCCUCAACGCAAACACGCACGUCCAUCCACGCCUCGAAUGAAGUUAUUGCGGGUGUCCUGCGGGGUGCGACGCCUGCAUUAAGGAGCAUCGCACAGGACGACGAGGUGUUUGCAGUUUCAGGGACAAUGGUGCCGGGUCAAGUCGCCCGAGACGAUGCGGUGCUUGUCAAGCUUAUUGCUCUGAUGCGAGAGCUGCCUCUGGCAGAGGUUCUCGCCUUUUUUCCAUUUUUGUCAUUUUUAAGCCUUGCGCUUGUCAGCUCCCCUUCGUCCAACGUGAGUUUGGACUGUCGUACGGCGGCGCUGGACGUUUUGGUUGACAUGACACACAGGGCCCAGGAGUACGACAUCGCCACACAGGCCUCAAGACGGCGCCAGGGGCACCAACAAAUGCCUGAACACAUACAGACUUCUGCGACAAGAAUCUUGUAUCAUUAUCUCUCAAACAAUCUCUUGUACAGUGGGCAGCGGUAUCCUCUGUAUGCGGGUGUGGCAGAGGUGUGGCUGCAUUUGUUGGCCCAAGCGAGAAAUGCUUUGGGCGCUCCAGCGGUGAACUGCACGUCUGAUGAAGAUUUCAAAGCCACCAAUAACGCUAAGGGUAGUGCGUUGCCGCAACGGAAUAUCAAGAAACAGAUGACGGAUCUCUCAUGGUAUUUGUUUGAUAUCAUACUGCGGUCCAUCUAUCUAUUGGCUUUGGAGAACCCCGAUACCCCACGCACCAAGCUGUUACAUCCAAGUUUCUACAUAUUAGUACGAAAACUUUGCAUCCAAGUGCUUGAUGUGCUUAAUGGCUUCACCGUUGGCGGAAUUUUGGUGCGGCGGGUGGCGUUGUUUGUACGUAAUCUUGGCAACUACUGCGAUCGUGGGCAGCUGUUGAAGAUCUAUCAAUGUGUUGUGAAGUUUUUUGAGGAACGAGGGGAUACGGAGGGGUUGUGUGUGUUUUUGAAAAUAACGCUGGAGGAUCCGGAUGUCAUGGGGUUGAUGCUGCCUCUAUCGCCCCACGCCAAACCAAUUUUUUUUACCCGCAUUUUGCUUGGCGCCUUCUCACACCUGCUGAUUCACCGGGAACGUGACACAAGGGUGGAGGCGACGGAAAUGUUGUACUCCUUCCUUUGCGGUCUUGCAAACAACCCACGUAUUCCCGCCGUUAAUCUUCGAUGGUUGGCCUCACAACUCUUCUCCUUACUGAAGCCGCUGUCGCUGCAGUGGAAGACGUAUAUGCAUUUAUGCGAAAAGGUGGAGGGCGCCACUGCCAUUGCCGACAAGCGACAACUUGUCGUAUGCAUGUUGUGGAUUACCUACUACACCUCCCGCGACAUCAUCCGCCAGUGGUUGGUGGAGGAGAAGGACGGCAAGGCUCUCACUGGGUUUCUGUCCCUUAUGGCCGAGGCCCAGUCCCUUUUUCGCUACAACGCGGGUACCGACAAGACAGACUUGCACGGAGAGACGAAGACAACUAGGGAGUUGCGGGAGUGGGAUGCCCGCAUGUCGACAUUUGUGACAGCGCUGGGGUCGCGGAUAUGCAACAUAUUUCUUGAGGAUAUUCCCUGCGUCCUGCGCACGUUACGUAAUGAUCAGGCAAAUACAGCUGUGUACCCGUUUUUUGUCAUGUUGGAGAACCUUUUGAACUUGGGAAACUCCACCGUGGCUCUUCAAUUUGGUUCCACCGCCUUGUUUGAGGUUGUCUGCUCGCUGUUUCCGGAGAUCAUCAGUGGGACAGCGCGGAUGAGUGGCGGUAUGGUGCUGCUCACCUUUCGCCUGAUGAGUAGUUGCUGCCAGCACGUCCGGUCAAUUGCUGGGCGAACCUUCUUACUUAUGAGUCAGUCGUACUUCAAAUGGAACUGCUCUCUCGCGCGAAUGAAGUCGCUUACCGCCAACGCACUGGUGUCGGUGGCGGAGUCGAAGACACGUGAUCUUCACCUGGCAGGGCGGUUCAUUGAGUUUCAGUUUGAUGAGUUGUUAGCGAACGCUCGUGCAGAGGAGGAUAAUUACAAUGCACCCUCGUCGAACUACGACGAGCGAUACGAGUGUGACAGCAGCCAGUCUGGUGGCGACUCUGGUGUGAAGUACCGUUACAGUGUCGACCCCCUGUUUCUCUCUGUGCAGCGCUGCCUCUCCAUACCGACGUACCUGCUGGAGGGGGACAAUAAGGGAAAGGGAGAGGGACAGCACACGGAUCAUGGCGUGAGGGGCGUGUGCCACGGCAGCGUUUUGUCGCCACCGCGCUUCUCGGAAGAGUUUGCUGCCAUGUCUGAGUCUGCGCUCAGCCUCUUUCGUGACGUCUUACGACUGCAGGUGGAUGCCUCGAUGCGAUUUAAGGAGGCGAAAGUGUUUGCCUAUUUUAAGGUGUUGCGCAACUUCCUUCGACAAAAUGCGCUUCGGGAGGUUCUCAAGUGGCUCCACAGACUUCACAACGCACACAAAGCCAACGGGGAUAUGGCGGAGGCGGGGAUGGUGCUUGUCUUCAUUUGUGCCUUGUGCUUCCGCGUGACAGAGAUGUUUUACCAUCUUAGGGGGAAAGACUCUCGCGGGGCACGCAUGCCGUUUGCUCUCUUGACGCAUGUCUUUUGGCACGACUAUGUGCGCCUGUUGCCGGAGGUAGAUACGCUGCUUCCCGUCGACACGAUUUACGCCAUCGUGUCUGAGCUUCACGUCUGCCCUGACGAGGCCUGCUUCUUUGUGGAGGGGCAAGUAAGGGCCCUGAAGGAGGCUGCGGAGCAUCUUGACAAGGACUACUACUACGAGCUCUCCAUUGGGGUCAUUGCCAUCGUCGACAAGUACCUGCGCGCCAUCGGAGACUACAAAGGGGCGGCGAUGGUGCAUACGGCGAUGACAACGUGGUGCACAGCCAUUGCUCAAGAAGGCAAACGGCGGAACCAUUGCUACUUUCUUCUCUGGGCCCGCAUGGAGCGUGAGGAGCCCCGCAAGACGCGGCGGGAGAUGCAGGAGAAGGAUGCUUUGCUGGGCGAGCGAUCGCAGGGGUUGCCGGACGGCCGGGCCAUUAAGCGCGUGUACAAGAUGCCGCCCGACACCCCAUUGAAGGAAUUUGAGGAGUACAGCAAGGAGUACAUCAGUUCCCUCUUCGAGGACGCGAACCUCGUCGUUCUCACAGACGAUCUCGUGGAUACCCUCCCGGCGCUACCAGAGCCUGCCUCCAAGAAGAAGCGGGUGCCUGCGCACCAUCACCCACCGAACCGUUGCUGGGUCACCGUCUGUGAGGUGCAUGCAAGCCUUGUGAAGAGUGAUCCAGCGCCUCCCGACGGCUUUGACGAGUCCAGGCACCUCCAGAAGUUUGAGAGUAUUUUGUACGUCCACUCAAAGGCAGAAUCCACCGGAGCGAUGGUGGGUGACGUGAUGAACCAACGCAUGUCUAUAAGUGUCUAUGAGUUGGAUCGUGCCUUUCCCUCAACGACGAGUGCUAUUGAUGUCUGCAAGCUCGAGACGUCGCUGCUGAACGCCUAUGAAACGGCAAUAGAAACUUUACGACAGUGCAGAGUAGCCAUUGAACAGGCGCCUGAAACUGACACGCUUAUCACUGUGCUGCGGGCGGCGCUUUCGCCGAUGGGGAUCACACCCCCAGGCGUAUACAUGAAGGAGGUUAUCUCCGUUAUGAGCGGCAAUAGCGAGGUCAGGGAUGCUAUCAUCUUACUUAGCGCGACCGCACGGAAUAAGUUGUCGGUGUGCGAAAAACAAAACGUGUUCCUUUCACGGCCUGAGGACUACGCGCUUGUCUUGAAGGCGGUGACGGAUAUGGAGUGCUGCCUCAUCGCCAUGACGGAUGCGUCUGGUGAAGAUAAUGAAUAA